AUGCCUGCUUGUCAGGUUCGGACGGGCAACGAGAAGGUCAUGGCAAGCGCAAGACACGAAUCCGUGGAUGGAGCAGAGACCGAUACGCAUGAUGGUUUGGAGCAUCCCAAGUCAGGCUCAGUAUUGUUUGCGACCAACAUCGGCGGCAGCAGCAUCGCUACCUACCAAACGCGGCCAAGCAAUCGUUCAGAUACCUACGACUACGUCCAAUCUACGCAACACAGCAAGCAGAUCAUGCGUCUCCUCCAAGCAGUGAUCCUACCUAUCGCGCUCUCCACAGCCGCAACCGCCUACGCCACCAUUCCCUCGACUCAACCUCAAACAACCUUCACCCGCCCUACUUGCGACGACAACUCCCCCACCGCCCACCACCUCUUCCACACCGUCGACCGCGCCAACGCCUGCUACCACGUCCUGGAAACCCUCGCCAAAGAAGUCACCGAGACACGCUUCGCAUACCUCCACUUCUUAAACGAAUACAACACCUUCGAACCCAUCCAAAACCGACUCUGUAGAUGGCAACGGUUGACGCAGAAACCGCCGGAGACGCGUGAGGCGCAUGAGCAAGCGUUCAAGCCGGUGGGAAAGGCGUAUGCGCGGGCGGAGGAGGCGUUGGGGAGGUUGAGGAAAGCGUUUGAAAUGGGGUGGUGGUUUUGUAGGGGCGAGGAGGAGUAUAUGGCUUUGGUGGAGGGGAGGGAGAGGGUUGAAGAAGGGGGGGGAGUGGGAGGGCAUGGGGAGCUUUGA